AUGGAAGUUUGUAUUUUAUACAGAUUUUCUCCCGACUACUCUAUUUAUGAUUACCGGCCUUCACUUGAAACUCCCGUGGAUAUUACUACAUAUUCCUGUGCUCCUGCAAAUUAUCCACUUUCCGAGCAGAGAUUGACGCUUUACCAAGAGGAAGUCAUCCGAUGGAUUUCAGAAUUCGUUUAUACCGGACAAAGAAUCUUCGAACUUAAAAAGCAAACUAAUCCUACGGAGUGCACAGAUAUGGCUACUUGGUCUUCGCUCAGUUUGGUUAAUCAGCCGGGUAUUUCUGCCUUUUACGCAUCAUCAACUGGAGAGGCUGGUUCAUUUUGCACCAGCUUUGCUUCCACAUCUUCAUCAUUAUCCUGUGGACAUAAUCGCUCAGUCGAAGCAGACGAUAACACUACUUCCUCGAUGUCUGCCGGACCUCAGGAAGGGCCUGGCCGCCGACUGUUUACUCAUGCGGCAGGAGUAGCCGGAGCUCCGACUAGAACCCGACGUCCUGCUCUUUUAGCGAGUGGAGGGCUAACCUCUCAUUUAAAACUUCAUCAGACUCCUAAGCCGCCUUCCGAGGAUGGCAUAUCUGCCGACUUGAGACAGAUCUCUUUAGGUGACUCUAGCCUGGCUAAUAAGCAAACAUCCUCUUUCGAGUCCGUAGGCGGUUCUGGCUUGGCCACAGGCCCAGGAGGGUCCAAUGGAAGUGGCAUAUCUCUCCGUUUAGCUCAUUCUGCUGCAUCGCCUGUUUUCCUGGGCCCUAAGUUCGGACCCUAUGCUCAGCAUUACUACACGAGCCAAUAUCACUCUUACCAUGGGCAGCAGCAUGGGAAUACUCAUGCACUCCAGCAGCCAUAUCAAGUUGCUGAGUCUCAGAUGCUUAUUGAGCCCUGUUUUGUUACUUUUUCUGGGCCAAUGGCUGCCGAGCUCGCUUACUCAGAGGAGAUGGUAAAUUAG